AGAUGUUGGGAGUGAAAGUUUGUGUGUUGGCAUUUGUUCUGGUUGUUUCAUUUUGUUGCUUCUUCACACUUCUUGUCUCGGCAAAUACUACCAAUCCAUCGGAAGUCAAUGCAUUGCGAGCUAUCAAGAGAAGCUUAAUUGAUCCUAUGAACUAUCUUGAUAAUUGGAGUGAGGGGGAUCCAUGUUCAUCACAUUGGAAUGGAGUUUUGUGCUAUAAUACUGUUGGAGAAGAUGGCUACAUGCAUGUAGAACAAUUGCUUUUGCCAGAUAUGAAUCUUUCUGGAUAUUUAGCACCUGAAAUUGGUCGGCUAUCCAAUCUUACAGUAGUGAAUUUUAUGUGGAAUAAUAUAACAGGGAGUAUACCAAAGGAGAUUGGGACUAUUUCAACUAUAAGGCUCGUGCUUUUGAAUGGAAACAAAUUAUCAGGUUCCUUACCAGAUGAGAUUGGCCAUCUUCCUCAUUUAGAUAGGCUCCAGGUAGACCAGAACCAAUUAUCAGGACCAAUACCAAAAUCGUUCUCAAACUUAAUCGGAACUCGACAUCUCCACCUAAACAACAACUCAUUUUCUGGGCAAAUUCCACCUGAGCUUUCCAAAUUACCAAAAAUUCUUCACUGCGUUCUAGAUAAUAAUAACUUAUCAGGGUAUCUUCCACCAGAGUUAUGUAACAUGCCAAGCUUGCGUAUAAUACAACUUGAUAACAAUCACUUUGAUGGGGCUGAGAUUCCAGCUUCUUAUGGAAACAUGUCAAAACUAUUCAAAUUAAGUCUUAGGAACUGCGGUUUGCAAGGUUCUAUUCCUGAUUUAAGUGGGAUGAAAAGCCUUCACUAUUUAGAUCUUAGCUGGAAUAAUUUGACUGGAUCCAUACCAUCAAAUAGGCUAUCUAUUCAUAUCAGGACUAUUGAUUUGUCAAACAACCAUCUUACUGGGUCAAUACCUGCAAAUUUCUCAGAUCUUCCUAAACUGCAGAACCUUUCACUUGCGAACAACUUGUUGAGUGGCUCUAUUUCUUCUACCAUUUGGCAGAAUAUGACCUUUGGUCCGACCGCAAGACUCACACUGGAUUUUGAAAACAAUUCUCUUUCGAACAUUUUGGGGGAUUGUAAUCCUCCUGCAAAUGUCAGCAUAAGGCUUCAUGGCAAUCCUCUCUGUAAAAAUGCAAGUCAAGCAAACAUAGCCUACUUCUGUGGAUAUGAAGUUGGAGCCAACAAUGCAAGUUCCAACUCAAUCAACCAAUCAAGUGUUUGUUUGAUCCAAUCAUGUCCUACAGAUUCCUAUGAAUAUGUCCCCGAAUCUCCUGUGCAAUGCUUUUGUGCAGCCCCUCUUCAUAUUGACUAUCGACUAAAGAGUCCCAGCUUCUCAUAUUUUCCUCCUUAUGAAGAUCAAUUUGAGAUGUACCUGGCUAGUUCCCUCAAUUUGGAUCAUUAUCAAAUUUUUGUUCAUUUUUCCUUCUGGGAACCAGGUCCCAGGCUAAGGAUGGACUUGAGGAUUUUCCCUAUGUACCCCUCAAAUAUAUUUAAUACGAGUGAAGUUCUACGAGUCAGGCACAAAUUUAUGACAUGGGAAUUUCCUACUGACAACUUUUUUGGGCCAUAUGAUCUGCUCAACUUUACUCUUUUGUCGCCUUAUUCUAAUGUGGUUUUUGAGUCGUCCCAAAGCUCAGGGAUAAGCAAUGUUGCAUUGACUGGCAUUGUAUUGGGGUCAGUUGCUUGUGUAGUUUCAAUAACUGGUCUCUUUGCAAUUCUUAUCAUAAGAAGACAGGCGACAAGCUACCAUCACUUGUCAAGAAAACGACGAGCAUCGUCAAGUUUAAUCAAAAUUGAUGGCGUGAAGGACUUCACUUUAAAAGAAAUGGCGCUCGCUACAGAUAAGUUCAGUGACUCAUCUCAAGUUGGUCAAGGAGGUUAUGGGAAGGUUUACAAAGGGAUCCUACCAGACAAAACAAUUGUGGCCAUAAAGCGUGCACAGGAAGGUUCCUUACAAGGUCAAAAGGAAUUCUUAACAGAAAUAGAAUUUUUGUCAAGGUUGCAUCACCGAAACCUGGUUUCUUUGCUUGGAUAUUGUGAUGAAGAAGGGGAACAGAUGCUGAUUUAUGAAUACAUGCCUAAUGGCACACUACGGGAUUGGCUUUCUGCUAAAUCAAAAGAUAGUCUGAGUUUCGUUACAAGGUUGCACAUUGCAUUGGGUUCUGCAAAAGGCAUCCUUUAUCUUCACACUGAAGCAGACCCUCCUAUCUUCCACCGGGAUAUCAAAGCUAGCAACAUACUUCUUGACUCGAAACUUAAUGCUAAGGUUGCAGAUUUUGGACUCUCACGGCUUGCACCAGUUCCAAAUGAUGAAGGAACUUUACCUGAUCAUGUAUCCACCGUUGUGAAAGGCACCCCGGGCUACCUCGAUCCAGAAUACUUCUUGACCCAUGCAUUAACAGCUAAGAGUGAUGUCUAUAGCCUUGGUGUUGUAUUUCUGCAACUCUUGACAGGGAUGCAAGCAAUAACACAUGGUAAAAACAUUGUUCGUGAGGUGAACAUGGCAUACAAAUCUGGUAUAGUGUUUUCAAUCAUAGACAACCAGAUGGGCUCUUAUUCCUCUGAAUGCGUGGAAAAGUUUUUGGCUUUGGCCCUCAGGUGUUGCCAAGAUGAAACAGAUAAACGGCCAUCAAUGUCAGAUGUUGUGAGGGAACUAGAGAACAUACUUUCUAUGACUUCAGAGUCUGAUAUCAGUUUGCCAGACUCCACAGCCACUCAUCCUGAAAGUUUGACACCAUCAUCUUCAUCAGCCCACGUACCGAAAUAUGUCUCAUACGAUGUUUCGGGCAGUGAUCUUGUCAGUGGUGUCAUCCCUAGCAUAGCACCUCGCUGAAAAGAAAAGG